AUGUCGCUAAACUAUGCACCUUUAUCGGUCAAGCGGCGAAUGCAAGACGACGACACCUUCCUCCCGCCCCCUCUAAGCGCAUACGGUCUUGCACUGCUCAAUGAGGGUUCCGAAAAGAGAAGCUUGAGCUCAAUGCAGAUCGAGGAAAACCCAGCUCUACGAGCGAAUUUGAAAAACAACUUGCUGGUGCAUUUCAAAGAGGCGCCACGUGAAAGUGAGUCUCAAAACAAGAGCCUGAACUUCGAUAUCAGUGGGACCAAUAUCAGCACAAACAUGAGCCAUAACAAUCUCAGCGGUCACAACAUGAGUACCAAUAUGAGCGGAAAUAUAAGCGGUCACUCUUUCAGCUCCAACAUGCACACUGAAGAAAACGAGGACCUCAUAGAUGCUUCCAAUGAUCCCAGCGCCAAACUGCUGCAUACACAUGCCACCACUCCUGGAGGAUCACAGGCCACAGGCAGCUUAAGUAGGCUGAACUCAAUUGGCUUGACCAAAAGGUCCAGAUUCUCUCGCCGGUUUGCCAGACUAGGUCCCCCAAAACGUGCUUCGGACGUACCAGAAGAUUCCCUAACGCCUGAUCGUGACGAUAAACCGGACCUACUAAAGCCUCAGCCCAAGAGCGAGCUACUCAAUGCAUUCAAAACACCACCCCUGUUACAAAAUCAGAACCUGAACGGACGAAGCUCUCCCAGACGGCUCAUCUCCAACGAGUCUACUUUCUUUAAAUCCCUCGAAAAGCUUCGCAGUCACAGCAACGAAAACAGCCGUCUCAGUCCACCCCUCAUUAGCGACGCAGGCAAAAACCAUAAUAUACCCCAGCAAAAGCCCUCACGGUUCCUGGUCUACGUUGACAAGCAUCCUCCCAGGCCAUCUUCCCGUGGGCCUUCGCACAGGCCAUGGAGCCGUCCUCCCCUCAUGAGCAUUUCACCAGGUAAAAUCAAUGCUGAGCCAGAUGCUGACGUCUUCAGAAAACCAAAAUUACCAAAACUCUCUGUUCCAACGCAGCCUCCUCCUCCUCCAUCGAAAUCAUCAUUCGCUACACCACCACAGCCGACUCCAGCAUCGUUUCCACAUCCGAACCCUCCCGAGCCGGUGCAUGAUCAUAUUCGUUCGAGUAGUGGUUCUGGUGGCAUCAUGGAAAACGGAAAGCGGAAGAAAAUCAUAUUUGUUAACAACGCCCAAUACGAGAAGCUCGAACUUAUAGGCAGAGGCGGGACCUCUAAAGUCUAUAAGGUCAGAUCGCUUUCGAGCAAAAAAACCUACGCAAUUAAAAAAGUUACCUUUGAUCAAUUCGAUGACGCUUGCGUCAAGGGCUUCAAGGGUGAAAUUGACUUGCUUGCCAAACUCAGAAACGAACCCAGAGUGGUGCAACUACAUGAUUACGCCAUCAAUGACGGCAAUAUAUUCUUGACAAUGGAGUGUGGUGAGCUAGACCUUGCUCAUGUGUUGCAGCAAAGACAAGCCAUCGGCAGUGCCCUCGAUUUGAGUUUUGUUCGCUUCCAUGCUAUGGAGGUUCUCAGGUGCGUGGAGGCCGUUCACAGAGCUGGCAUUGUUCACAGUGACUUGAAGCCUGCAAACUUCUUGUUUGUCCGUGGCAUCAUGAAGAUCAUUGAUUUUGGUAUAGCCAAUGCCGUGCCAGAUCACACUGCAAACAUUUACAGAGAAUCUCAGAUUGGCACUCCCAAUUAUAUGGCACCUGAGGCUCUUGUCGAGGUGAAUCACACACUCAAUUUAACCAAGGGCGCUAAAGCCAAUACGUGGAAAGUUGGUAAGCCAUCUGAUAUUUGGUCCUGUGGCUGUAUCAUUUACCAAAUGAUUUACGGUCGUCCACCUUAUGCAUCAUACGCUGGCCAGCAGAGAAUUAUGGCCAUCAUGAACCCACAAGUGAAAGUCCACUUUCCAGCUCAUGGCCUCGGGGAAGUGCCAGUACCCCGUAGCGCAAUCGAAUUGAUGCAAAUGUGCCUUGUGAGGAACCCCCAUGAACGGUGGACUGUGCUGGAGUGCCUUACAUCGGACUUUUUAAGACCCAAGGCUGUGAGCAAUGACUUUGUCAAGGAUGUCGUCAAAUCCGCUGUGAACUACGGCUACCACAAGCGUCAACAGGGAGACUUGUCUGACGAGAAACUCAAUAAGCUCGUGGACAGCAUCAUUGGCCAGAUUGAAUCUCUUAAUUACGCUUAA